AGGAGGGACUCUGGGCUGCAGCCUCCUCCUCUGGCUCCUCCCUCCUCCCCGCUGCAGCCGGCUGGAGCCAGGAGCUGGAAGGACAUGGCUGGGCAGCCGCUCUGAAGACCCAGGGCACCCUCCCAGCACCGGAGACCCUCCCCAUUCAUUCCCAGUCUCCAUUCCAGCCUGGCCUGCCACCCUCAGCCCGUGACAUCCGGUCUGUCAGCUUCUCUAGGCUGCUCUGCGCCUCUGCUUAUUUCUUUCUCACUGUCAGUAAUUGGAUAGGAAGAAAAGGAAAGUUUAAAAAAUGCCGAUCGCCCAGCUGCUGGAACUAUGGAAGAAGAUAGAGGUGGAGCCGAUGGAAAUCGAGACCACCGAGGAGGAGCUCAACCUGGACACAGAGCCCACCACAGAAGACGCCACAGAAGAAGGCAAAGGAGACACAACCUCAGCUGAGACACAGCCAGCUUCAUCCACAGAGGAAGAAGGCAUCGUGAAGGAAAUUGACAUUAGCCACCAUGUGAAAGAGGGCUUUGAGAAGGCAGACCCUUCCCAGUUUGAGCUGCUGAAGGUGUUAGGACAAGGGUCCUAUGGCAAGGUGUUUUUGGUGAGGAAGGUCAUCGGCUCUGACUCUGGCCAACUGUACGCCAUGAAGGUCCUGAAGAAAGCCACCUUGAAAGUGCGGGACCGAGUCAGGUCUAAGAUGGAGAGAGACAUCCUGGCAGAAGUGAAUCACCCCUUCAUUGUCAAGCUCCAUUAUGCCUUUCAGACUGAAGGCAAACUCUACCUGAUUCUGGACUUCCUCAGGGGAGGAGAUCUCUUCACCAGGCUGUCCAAAGAGGUCAUGUUCACCGAGGAGGAUGUCAAGUUCUACCUGGCUGAGCUGGCCCUGGCUCUAGACCACCUCCAUGGCCUAGGGAUCAUCUACAGGGACCUGAAGCCCGAGAACAUCCUCCUGGAUGAAGAGGGACAUAUUAAGAUCACAGAUUUUGGCCUGAGCAAGGAGGCCAUCGACCACGACAAGAGAGCAUACUCGUUUUGUGGAACGAUUGAGUACAUGGCGCCAGAGGUGGUGAACCGGCGGGGACACACGCAGAGUGCAGACUGGUGGUCCUUUGGAGUGCUCAUGUUUGAGAUGCUCACGGGGUCCCUGCCAUUCCAGGGGAAGGACAGGAAGGAGACGAUGGCCCUCAUCCUCAAGGCCAAGCUGGGGAUGCCACAGUUCCUCAGCAUGGAGGCCCAGAGCCUGCUGAGGGCCCUCUUCAAGCGGAACCCCUGCAACCGGCUAGGAGCUGGCAUUGACGGAGUGGAGGAAAUUAAGCGUCACCCUUUCUUUGUUACCAUAGAUUGGAAUAAGCUAUAUCGGAAAGAGAUCAAACCUCCCUUCAAGCCAGCUGUGGGCAGGCCUGAGGACACCUUCCACUUUGACCCCGAGUUCACCGCACGGACGCCCACAGACUCCCCUGGUGUCCCCCCAAGUGCCAAUGCUCAUCACUUGUUCCGAGGAUUUAGUUUUGUGGCCUCCAGUCUGGUCCAGGAGCCCUCACAACAAGACCUACCAAAGGCCCCAGUUCAUCCAAUUGUACAGCAGCUCCACGGGAACAAUGUCCACUUCACGGACGGGUAUGAGAUCAAGGAGGACAUCGGGGUGGGCUCCUACUCCGUGUGCAAGCGGUGUGUCCACAAAGCCACCAAUGCAGAGUAUGCUGUGAAGAUCAUCGAUAAGAGUAAAAGAGACCCCUCGGAAGAGAUCGAAAUUCUCCUGCGGUACGGCCAGCACCCUAAUAUCAUCACCCUCAAAGAUGUCUAUGACGACGGCAAGUAUGUGUACCUGGUGAUGGAGCUGAUGCGAGGGGGGGAGCUGCUGGACCGCAUCCUCCGGCAGCGGUGCUUCUCGGAGCGGGAGGCCAGUGACGUGCUGUGCACCAUCGCCAGGACCAUGGACUACCUGCACUCGCAGGGGGUUGUCCACCGCGACCUGAAGCCGAGUAACAUUCUGUACAUGGACGAGUCUGGAAACCCCGAAUCCAUCCGCAUCUGUGACUUUGGGUUUGCCAAGCAGCUGCGAGCUGAGAACGGGCUGCUCAUGACUCCCUGCUACACAGCAAACUUUGUGGCCCCUGAGGUCCUGAAGCGACAAGGCUACGAUGCGGCAUGUGACAUCUGGAGCUUGGGGAUCCUGCUGUACACCAUGCUGGCCGGGUUCACCCCCUUUGCCAACGGACCAGAUGACACGCCUGAGGAGAUCCUGGCGAGGAUCGGCAGUGGGCAGUACGCCCUCUCCGGGGGAAACUGGGACUCCGUAUCGGAUGCGGCAAAGGACGUGGUGUCCAAGAUGCUCCACGUGGACCCGCAGCAGCGCCUGACAGCUAUGCAAGUGCUGGAGCACCCGUGGGCUGUCCACAGAGAGCGCUUGUCCCGGAACCAGCUGAGCCGGCAGGACGCCCACCUGGUGAAGGGUGCCAUGGCAGCCACGUACUUUGCUCUGAACAGGACCCCGCAGGCCCCGCGGCUGGAGCCCGUGCUGUCUUCCAGCCUGGCCCAGCGCAGAGGCAUGAAGAGACUCACAUCCACGAGGUUGUAGCGCCCAGCCACCGCUGCCCACCAGCCCCCGCCUGCCGCCCAGCGUCCUCUCGGGCUCGCAGACGCCAGACCGGUCUGCUCGUGGGCAUCUGAGUGACCAUGAGUCCAGCACAGAGGAAGCUCCGGCCUUGGCCACCUCUGUGUUUCUUUCACAGCCCUGGAGGGCAUGCUGCCCAGGACGUCUGAGCUUGCCGUGCCGGCCUCGCCACCCGCUCUCCUCCUCGCCUCCCGAGCGAAACCAAAUGAACUGGUCGCCUCGCUGUGCCCCGCGGGAGCCUCUCCGUGAGCUCUCUUGGGGCUUCGGAUCCUUUGAUAUCGUGGCUCAUGCUCCUAGCGGACCGCUUCCUUCCUGUUCUGAAGUCCGUACAAUAGUCAGUGUCCUGGUCUAGGUGUCCUGUUACCACACCAAGAACAGAGGCCCCUCGGGGAACCUCAAAGCCCGUUGAGAAAGGGUAGAUGCCCUCGGAGAGACCACAUGACAGCCUCCAGCCUAGCUGCCUAGCCCCACCCAAAGUCCCCCAGAGUGUCCCUCAUUGUCCUCUGGCUUAAGAGUGAAGUGUUGGUCGGUCUCUUCUCGCCAGGAUGAAAGAGCGCAGCUCGUCAGAGCAGGCAGGUCUGCUCGCAGAGCCCUGUUUCACAAGGGUGUAGAGAAGAACCCCGGGAGGUUGCCAGGCAGAGCCGGUACCCACUGUGCUUACUGUCCCUGCCAAGGUGACACUGAGCUGCACUGCUGCCCCCUGGCCCUCUGGGGAUUCUGCUGCUGACCAGGCAUGCUGUCAGCCCUGUGCACGAGGUGGCAGUGUUGCCUGCAGGGAAAUGGAGACAUGGAGAAGUGGAGCUCCGUCGCUGCCCGGAGCCCUUCCUUGGCCCAUCCGGGCAAAAGGACCUGUGAGCCCCGGUGCCUGGAAGAGGCAGGAGGGGCCAGGCACGUUAUUCACCUUGCACUUUGUAGGAGCUGUGUUGUUUUGUGUUUCUGUCAUGUAGAUCUGUCUUAAGUUGGCAGCUCAGUGAUGGUGUUUUCUAGUGUGUGUGGGCGGGGGUGGCCAUGGCACUGGGCGUGCUGGCUCUGUGUACCUUGGGCGAUAGAAUCAAGUGGAACCUUUCCUGAGUGGCAGGCUCCGUCCAGUCUGACCCUGGAAGAGGGACACAUGUUGUCUGGUCACCCUAGGGGAUGCUGAGGACAUUGUAGCAGGUCCCCACAGAGCACAGGUUCAGAACCCAUCAGGCUCAGGAGAAGCUGCCCUGCCCCGUGUGGUGGGCAGCCUCUCUCAGUCACACGGGCUCGCACCAGGACCAGUGCUGUAGUCCUCAUGCCCCUCCCAUCCAGCUCUAGGGCUCUAGGCACCCCCCCCAAAAAAAAAAAAAAACAA